UAAGCGAGUAGCUCUAUGUUAUGCGCGGUUGUUUCUGGAGGGACGUAUUAAAGCGCUGCACACAGUUGUUUGAUGGCAGACAAGCAGGAGGUCGCAGUUUGUGGGUGUAAAGGGAUCAGAACGUGUCUGAUCUGUGAAGGAAAGGAUGGAAAACACCAGUUACAGCAUCAAACACACACGAUACAGUAUGAUUUUAGGUAUGAUCCAGAGUCAAAGCUAGCGGUGCCAGCUGGAAGUUCCGUUCUAGAGUCUUUUCCAUUUCCUGGUGUCUUUCUGUGGGAGAACUUUGUCUCGGAGGAUGAGGAGACUGAGUUGGUGGAAAAAAUGGAUCAAGAUAUCUGGAGAGAGUCCCAGUCUGGUAGGCGGAAACAGGACUUUGGACCCAAAGUAAAUUUUAAAAAGCAGCGUAUUCGACUUGGUGGGUUUAAUGGCCUUCCUGCUCUUAGCCAUAAACUGGUGGACAGGAUGACAAAGGAGCCUUUGUUAUCUGGAUUUCGACCUGUGGAACAAUGCAACCUGGACUACGACCCAAAGCGGGGGUCCGCUAUUGACCCUCACCUUGAUGACAGUUGGCUUUGGGGGGAGCGCUUAGUUACCAUCAAUCUGCUGUCUGACACCGUUCUCACCAUGAGUUUGGAUAAAUGCUGGGGAGACAUGGACCAGGGAGAGGUGAGAGUCGCUGUGAACUUACCACGCAGGUGUUUGAUUGUACUGUAUGGAGACGCACGACAUCAUUGGAAACACGCUAUUCACCGAAAGGACAUUCAAAGCAGGAGGGUGUGCAGUACUUUCAGAGAGCUGUCUGCAGAGUUUUUGGAAGGUGGAAAGCAAGAAGCGUUAGGCUUGGGAUUGCUGGAUGUAGCAAUGAGCUAUAAUGGAGUUCCCAUAAAUAGCUAAUAAUUAAUAUGUUUGUGUGUGUGAGAUGCUUCCUAGGGGUGCCUGUACAUCUUAAGACAAGUCUGAGCUGACAUUGUAUUCCUAUGCAUAUUUAAAUAAGAAAUCCAGUGUGAAAUGAAAUUGGGGUGUAGUAAAACAUAACAAGUAAAAACUUUUGUUGAACAGCCCACCUCCAUACCCCAUCAUUCCUAAAUACAUUAUUGUGUAAAUCCAUAUUUACACAAUAAAAAAGGCUCAAAGUAGUUCAUCAUUUUAUUGGUAUAAUUCUGAGGACCCUGACAUUUAAAAUGAGGCACUGAUAAACUUUUGUUUAUGUUAAGAGUUUACUUGAGCAGUGCCUGUACAUCAAGAGACAAGCCUGGACUGAUCCCUACACAGUGUUAUAGACCUUACAUUGUGUUUCUGUGAAUCUUUAAAGUGGAUUAAGUGCACAGGAUUAUUUACUGAUUGCCUUGUUUUUUAAAACCCAAUAAAAAUAUGAACAUGUCAAACAGAACAUGUCCUAAAGGUGGUGUUAUCUGAUGUAUGACUUUUUUUUGCCCAGUGGUGACACUAAUGUCUCCUCACACUUUGCAGUAUCAGUAAAAAAUAAAAUGCUAUUGUAAUAAA